AGAAAGUAUCGCGAGUUGGUUGGUGGGUGCAAAAAAAUUUUGACGUGGCGUGAGAAAAUUAUGUGAAAAAUCAUUUCCUUCCUUUUGUGAUUGAGUUUUGGGCGAUUAAACAAGUGCAGAAAGUUUUUGGAUGUGCAAUGGGUGAUUCCGCGAAGGCAUUACCGGGCCAUGCGGAGCCCGAGAUGAAGGGGUGGUUGCUAAAGUGGACCAACUACCUCAAAGGAUACCAACGAAGGUGGUUCGUGCUAUCAAACGGAGUUUUAUCCUAUUACAGGGCUGAACAUGGAACCGGACCUAAUAUGGGCGGUCGGAGUGCCGGGGGCAAAUUAUCAAUCAGACGUCGGCGAAAGGGCCCCCGACAGGAGAAUCAAGCUGAAAUGUCCCAUGCAUGCCGUGGUACAAUAUCUCUGCAUGGGGCUCUAAUCCACACAGUGGACUCCUGUACAUUUGUUAUAUCCAACGGGGGCACUCAGACAUUUCACAUAAAGGCCGCCAAUGAAGUGGAGCGUCAAUCAUGGGUAACAGCUCUUGAAUUGGCCAAAGCUAAAGCCAUACGGACUAUGGAGAGUGAAGAAGAGGAGGAGGAUAACAACGCAUUAGCUAUUCCAAGUGAGGAACUCAAUGUGGUCAUUCGUGAUUUGACUGCCAGAUUAGAGAAUCUAAAGACGUGCUACGAUCUUAUAUCGAAGCACGGUUCGGCACUGCAGCGAGCCCUACAAGAUCUCGAGACUGGCGAUGAUUUGGCCAAUAAGACAAAAGUUGUCAAUGAGAGAGCCACACUCUUUCGGAUAUCUGCAAAUGCAAUGAAAAAUGCGUGCUCAGAGUAUUUGCAAACAGCCCAAAGUCAGGGGCACAAGUGGUCCAAGAUGUUGCAACAUGAACGCGAUCAGAGGCAACAUUUGGAGGAGAUGGUUGAACAAUUGGCACGGCAGCAUUCGCAUCUUGAACAGGCUGCACAUCGCCAUCGACCUAACGUAGCCACAUCAGCAACGUCCGACGAUGAAGACAAUGAAUUUUAUGAUGCACAAGAAGAGGGUGCUUCGACGAACAAUUCCCAAGAAGACAGUUCAUUCAUACUAAAAAUACCAAUGGCUCAUCGAAGGGGUUCAAAUGAUGCCACCGGAAGUUCUUCCGAAGGUGAAGAUGGGAACAGUGAGACUCAACAGGUGCUCGUGGUGACGGAAAAGACGAAAGAGGAAAAUUCAUUGGAUGCCGUCGAUCGGGUGUCAAAUGCAUCCCAAUCAAUGUCACUUGUUUCCACACCAAAAGCAAUUAGGAAGAGACGUACACGUGUGCCGGAUAAGCCGAAUUACCCACUUAAUUUGUGGUCAAUUAUGAAAAAUUGCAUUGGGAAGGAAUUGUCAAAGAUCCCAAUGCCAGUGAAUUUCAAUGAACCCCUAUCGAUGCUACAGCGAUUGACGGAGGACUAUGAGUAUGCUGAUUUACUGGAUAAAGCGUCACAGUGCGAUGAUCCAUGCGAGCAAUUAGCUUACGUGGCGGCAUUCACAAUUUCAAGCUACUCAACUACCAGCAAUCGCACAGGUAAACCAUUCAAUCCGCUCCUUGGUGAAACAUACGAAUGCGAUAGGACGGAUGAUUUGGGAUGGAGGUGUAUUGCGGAGCAAGUAUCACAUCAUCCACCAAUGGCGGCGAUACAUUGCGAAGGGAAGGGAUGGGCGUGCUGGCAGGAGUUUACAAUGACAACAAAAUUCCGCGGGAAGUACCUUCAGGUGAUACCACUUGGGGUGGCGCACGUGGACUUUCCCGGAACAGGAAAUCGCUAUACAUGGAGAAAAGUCACGACAACCGUCCACAACAUAAUCGUGGGCAAACUGUGGGUCGACCAUCAUGGUGAUAUGGAUAUUGUUGGGGAGAACAGUGCCACAGGGAUAAAAUGCCAUUUGAAAUAUAUUCCCUAUUCGUACUUUACGCGCGACACCCAGAGGCGCGUGAAGGGGGUGGUAAUGAAUGCCGAUGGGCAGGUGAAGUGGGUGUUGAAUGGAACGUGGGACAAUAAGAUUGAAAUUGCGCCCGUUAUAUCGACAAAUGGCACCAAAGACAGCCCAAUCUACAAGACGGGCAACUAUAAAACCAUCUGGACAAGACGACUACCGCCUCCUGAUAGUGAUAAGUAUUAUAGUUUCACAACGUUAGCGUGUCAAUUGAAUGAAUGGGAAGAGGGUGUUGCACCAACGGAUUCACGGAGAAGACCCGAUCAGAGACUUAUGGAGGAAGGAAAAUGGGAUGAUAGUAAUGCAGAAAAAGUCAGACUCGAAGAAGCACAACGAUUUCGACGUCGAGAACGGGAAGCAGAGGCAGAGACAGCAGCUGCAGAGGGACGCCCGUAUCCACCCUAUGAACCAGUUUGGUUUACAAAGCUGAAGGAAGAAGGCAAUGAUACACUGUCGCAUGUUUACAAAGCAAACUACUGGGAAUGCAAAAACAUGCAAGAUUGGUCAAAGUGUCCUAAUAUAUUCUAAAUGAAGUAAAAUAAAAAAAUUCUCUCCUUCUCAACGUCCAGGACGUAAAAUACAUGUAUUUUGUGCAAAUAUAUAGUUAAAAGGAAAUUGAUGAAAGAAAAAAGAGAAUAAAUCUCACUAAAAUGUGGGUUAAACUUCCUCUUUUUUUCUUCAUUCUUUAAACAAUGAUGUAAAAAAAAUAUGACAAUUUUCAAUGGAAAAACUUGCAUUGCAGAAGUUUUCUCGAGAGGUAUAAAACGAGAUAAACAUCGUCACUUUUUUUUGGCUUAAAGUUUCUUGACGUUCUUUAACAAAAAUAGCUGAAUUUUCAUAAAAAAAAGAUUACAAAGAAAACAAAAUAAUCAAGAUGUAGAGAAUUUUUCUUAUUGAAAAAAUAUAAAUAAAUAAUAUUGUAAAAUGAAAUGAAUUUAAAUGGUGUGGACAAUGAGAUUGGAAUAAAAGGAAGAAAGAAAAAAAAAAGAUAUUGAUUGGACAAUUGCAGUUAGGCUGUCUUAAAGAAAAAACCAAUAUAAUGAUUGCAAGAUAAGCAUUGUAUGAAAGCAUUGAGCGAAAGAAAUUAUGCUAAUCCCCAAUACACAAAAAAAUGUAUUAAAUUAAUAAUUAUUAUAAAAAAAA